AUCGCUUAUAUAGGAGGGCGAGGGAGAGAGAUCUCUCGUACUCCAUUACACUCUUCAUAUCGAUUCCAUUUCCUUAAGAGAGAGACAUAGAGAGAAGGGAUGGAGAAGAGUGGGAAGCCGAGGGUGGCGAUCAUAGGGGGAGGCAUCAGUGGCCUUGCGGCAGCGAAGGAGCUCCGCUGGCUCGAGCCAGUCCUCUUCGAGGCCACGGACUCCAUAGGAGGGGUCUGGAGGCACUGCUCCUUCCGCACCACGAGGCUGCAGACUCCGCGGCCGGACUACGAGUUCUCCGACUACCAGUGGAGCGACCGGAACGACGCCACGUUCCCCACCCACAUCGAGAUAUUGGAGUACCUCCACGGCUACGCCACCCACUUCGACCUGUGGAAGUUCAUCAAACUCCAGACCAAGGUCGUGGAGAUCCGCUCCAUCGGCGACGACCGUGAGACCUGGUUCACCGAGCUCUGGGGGGACAAAGGACGGACCAUCCCCGACCAGCCAGCGUGGGAGGUCGGCGUGGUGACCGGCCACUCCGCCACCGUUCAGUGGUACAAGUUCGAGUUCAUCGUGAUGUGCAUCGGAAAGUACGGUGACAUCCCAAACAUGCCCAAGUUUCCCCCCGGGAAGGGAGCAGAGAUCUUCCGAGGCAAGGUGAUGCACUCGCUGGACUACUGCAAACUCGACGAAGACGCCACCAAGGAACUGAUGAAGGGGAAGAAGGUCGUCAUCAUCGGCUACAAGAAAUCCUCCAUCGACCUCGCAGUCGAAUGCGCUGAAGCCAACCGAGGGGAAGAUGGCCAGCCAUGCACCAUGGUGAUAAGGACCCUCCAUUGGACUGUUCCCUCCUACUCCAUAUGGGGCCUGCCCUUCUUCCUCUUCUUCUCCACAAGGUUUUCUCAGUUCCUCCAUGAAAGGCCGAAUCAAGGACUGAUGAAAUCUCUUGCCUCCCACCUUUUAACCCCGUUGAGGAGAGGUGUGUCGAAGUUUAUUGAAUCGUAUCUCACAUGGAAGCUUCCUCUGGACAAGUACGGGCUGAAACCAGACCAUCCUUUCGUGGAAGACUAUGCCUCAUGUCAGAUGGCCAUCUUGCCGGAGAACUUCUUCGCCGAGGCCGACGAAGGGCGGAUCAUGUUCAAGCGGUCAUCGCAGUGGCGCUUCUGGGAAGGUGGUGUGGUUCUUGACGACGACACCAAGUUGGAGGCUGAUGUCGUGCUCCUCGCGACGGGAUUCGACGGCAAGCAGAAGCUGAGAUCAGUGCUUCCCGAGCCUUACCGUGGACUGAUAGUGGAUUCCUCCGGUGUCAUGCCGCUGUAUAGGGGCACAAUCCAUCCGCUGAUCCCACACAUGGCGUUCGUGGGGUACAUCGAGAGCGUAUCGAACCUGCACACGUCGGAGCUGCGGUGCAAGUGGCUGGGGAGGCUGCUCAAGGGGCACUUCCAGUUGCCGAGCGUGGAGGCGAUGUUCCGGCAGACCAGAGAGGAGAUAGAGGUGAUGAAGCGGACCACCAGGUUCUACCGCCGCCACUGCAUCUCCACCUACAGCAUCAACCACAGCGACGACAUGUGCGAGGAGAUGGGCUGGAGUCCAUGGCGGAAGGGCAGCUGGCUCUCCGAGGCCUUCAGUGCGUACAACAACCAGGAUUACAAGGAAGACAAGAGCGAAUAAGCUUUCGAUAGAUCGAUGACGUGCCAUCAACAAGGAAAUAGUCAAUAUUAAUUUGGUCAGGUUGAAAUAAAGCUAUGUCAAGCGAUAUGUGCUCUUUACAUUUAUAUA